UCACGCGAUGUUUUUAGUGCUAUGGCGUACCAGGAAGAGGAGUCGCUUGAAUCUUGGCUUAAUAAAGCCACUCAUCCAACAAACAGACAGGAGGACUGGGAGUACAUCAUAGGCUUCUGUGAUCAGAUCAAUAAGGAACUGGAAGGCCCUCAAAUAGCUGUACCUCUGCUCGUCCACAAAAUCCACUCACCACAAGAAUGGGAAGCCCUUCAGGCCCUGACAGUAUUGGAGGCAUGCAUGAAGAACUGCGGGAGAAGGUUUCAUAAUGAAGUCGGAAAAUACAGAUUUUUGAAUGAGCUGAUUAAAGUGGUGUCUCCAAAGUACAUGGGUGACAGUGCACCGGAGAAGGUGAAGAUGAAGAUUGUAGAGAUGCUGUAUAGCUGGACAGUGGCUUUUCCAAAUGAGGCCAAAAUCAGUGAAGCCUACCAGACGCUGAGAAGACAGGGUCUUGUAACACGUGACCCGGAGUUACCGCUGGACAGGACUUUGAUUCCUUCUCCUCCGACACGACCUAAACAUCCAGUGUUUGAUAAUGAGGACAUGGGCAAGCUGCUUGCUGAGCUUCUCCGGAGUAAAAAUCCAGAGGACCUCCAGGAAGCCAACAGAUUAAUCAAAAACAUGGUGAAGGAGGACGAGGCUCGAGUGCACAAGGUUACAAAGCGUAUACACACACUGGAGGAGGUGAACAUCAACGUCAAGUUGCUGACGGAGAUGCUGUCCCACUACAAUAAAGACAGCUCCACUGACUCAGACAAGGAGAUCAUUAAGGAACUCUACGAGCGGUGUGACAAGCUGAGGCGCACUGCUUUCAAAAUGGCCACAGAGACAGAGGACAAUGACACCAGUUUAGGUGACAUCCUGCAGGCCAGCGAUGACCUCUCCAGGGUCAUCAACUCCUAUAAGAAGAUUGUUGAGGGGCAGCCCAUCAAUGGUGACAGUGAAGAGCCUCGAUCUACAGCUGGUCACAGUGAGAGUGAGACCACAGAUACACUGAUUGACCUCGCCGGCCUUGACACUCCCAGCCCCCCUCAACCUGCCGCCCAUCCCUCCCAGUCCUUUAAUCCUGUCUCCACCAAUCCCACAGCUUCCCCCAUCCCUAUCCUGCCUCCUCCUCCCAAACGCCUGGCCGGCUCGCAUGGUAGUCAGAGCAGCAGCCCGAGUCACCCCCCCCUCGACAAGGCCUCCACUGCACUCUCUCUGCUUGAUGAUGAGCUGCUGUCUCUAGGACUGAAUGACUCGCCCUCUUCUCUGAGUGGCCAAUCAAAACCCAAGUUAAGUGAAUUGCCCAAUCAGUGGACUUCCCUGCAGGCUCCGGCUUCAUCUGUGCAUAUGUUUGGCAGUGUAGCUUGUUCAGGUCCAGUGGGGCCCCCACCUGAACCGGCCGCUGCCACGCACAGUCUCCAGACUCUGCAAGAGCUGGCCAUGAUUGGCUUUUCAGAUCAUAAGAGUUUGUCCAGCCAGAUGACGACCAGAGGAAGCAGCUUUGGGAUGCCUGCAGCAGCACCAACCCUCGUGCCUGGGCAGGGCUGUCCCUCCUCACCCUCUCUUCUCCAGGGGACAAUUCCCGGCUCUCCUGCUCUGUCGCAUGCCAAGGCCCAGAGCCUGGGCUCCGCCCCGGGCAGCCCACUGUUCCGCUCGCUGUCCCCCUGCCACCCUCCUCUCCAGGGCAGCCCAGCCAGAGCCGUAGACAUCUCCCUGAGCAACGUGCAGGUCCCUCUGGAGGCCGUCAGACCGAGUAAAGUGUUGCCUGUGACGGCCUACGAUAAAGACGGUGUUCGCAUGCUGCUCAACUUUGCCUCUGACUGUCCCCCUGGCAGGCCUGAUGUGUUGGUAAUGGUGGUGUCCAUGCUCAAUACAGCACCCCUGCCUGUUCACAAUGUGGUACUGCAGGCUGCUGUCCCCAAGUCAAUGAAGGUGAAGCUGCAGCCUCCAUCAGGAACAGAACUGGCACCGUUUAACCCUAUCCUACCUCCAGCCUCCAUUACCCAGAUCAUGUUGCUGGCCAAUCCAACAAAGGACAGGGUGCGUCUGCGCUACAAGCUGGCUUUCAUGCUGGGAGACCGUCUGUGCAAUGAGGUCGGGGAGGUGGACCAGUUCCCCCCACAAGAGACAUGGGGUCAGCUAUAGCAGUGCGCAGGCCUGCUGCCACUCAGCAGGGACAGACCAGGUCAUGCUCCAUGAGGGGGUGUGUUGUGCUACCUUUCAGCUUCACAUUCCUUACCGUUGUUGAUUUGUUUUGGCCUUUGUUAUUCCUGGCAGCGAGAAGCUAACAGCAGACACUCAUUGAUACAGUGCUUGUAUAUGUUUCUGCAGAUAGCUAACAAACUAAAGAUAUACACUGGCAAGUGAGAUAGCCAUGGUGUUUACAGGUCGGUGGUAUUGAGAUAAAUAUUUUAAUAGAUUUUCCCCAAGAUGAAUACAGCUUUGAAUGUACUGUAAAUAAUCAAUGCAUUAGUGUUCAGCCUCAGACUGACAGGAUGCAUUGCAAAAGAACCUCUGAAAAGCACCAGUGUGUAAGGUUUAGAAGGAUCUAUUGGCAGAAAUGGAAUAUAAUAUUCAUAAGUACGUUGUCAUUACACGGAAAGGGAGGAGGCAAGGGGUACUCUGUUGGUUGCAAGCUGCAACUCCACCACUAGAUGGCACUAAAUCCUUCACACUGGCCCUUUAUGUUAACAGAGCCUAAGAGACAACAUUUGUGCUUUUAUUCAUUCCUCUGGCUGAGCACUCUCUCAGCCCACAGAAAAUAUACUUGAAUACAUCCAGAAAUAAGAAAGUGGGGUCUAGCAGAUGUGUUCGGAUGGAGUUAAACUGGAUAAUAAGUGAAAAGUACUGUCACAUUGUCAUUGCUGCAGGAAGAUUGAGGAGUGUCCAUGUAUUUAUGACGUGACUUUUUCCAACCAUCAAUAUGUCUGACAUGGUUAAGUAACUUUUAUCAGUUGUUCUACUUAAUUUAGCCCUAUUUUAGAUUAGUGGACCUACAGUAUUGAAUUUUAUGUUGUAAAGGCAACAAACUGCACUUUUGAUCGUCAUUUCUAAUUAUGAAUAUUUCGUUUUGACUUGAGUCUACUGAGUUCAACUGGUUUUAUUUCAUAUGAUUAGUUUUGUUCUUCUGAAAGUAAAUUAUUUGCUCACACAGUCAGGAUUUCAGUCGUGGUCUUAGCAGUGAGCAUCCAUAUUUGUGUUAUGUAUUUAAAGAUGUUGACUCUUCGACCAGUGUCAGUAUUGAGAGUAUUUUUGUUUUAUUGUUUAUUUUCUGUUACAGUAUUUCAGUGCAUCACUGAACCUAGAAAAUGUGAACUGAGAAAUCUGAAUUUAAAUUUGAUAGCUUGAAGGGAAAAUCUGUCACGAGGCAAAUAACUUUGCAGUGUGCAGCAAUGGGAUAGAGUGGAACUGUGCUGAGUAAAAUUUUCAUACAUCAGUCCACCUGAUCCUCCCGUAGUCCUCAACUCGUUGUCAUGUGGGAUGUACAGAAGUGUGUGUUAAAUGUACAUAGUAUGUAAUGUACCAAUUGUUUGUUGUAUGGCAAGUUACGUGAACAUGUGACGUGUAAAUUUGAGAGAGUGUUCGGGCUGUACAUACUGUACGAUGUGCCAUGUGUUCGCUGCAUGAAAUAAAUAUUUCUUUCAGUGGA